CUCCCAUACGUCAUCAGUAUGCUUGAAAUGUCAUGCCAAGCAUACACGGAUAGUGCGCAUGUGCAGUGUAGGGUGGUUGAGUCCUGUGUGUUUGCUCGGAGCGGUGACUGCUUCACGAACAAACGUGCCAGCCAGAUUCAGAGCGAGCAGCAGACGACGCAUACAUUUCGUUCAUAAUACUGCCGCGAACUUUGACAAGCGUGAGAAUUUGUUUUGCCUCGACGGAGUGAAGUCAUGUUACAUGCAGAGCUCCGCUGAAAUUCUAAAACUUUGUAGUUGUGGGUUGUCUGUGAACUGGAUGAGUGACACUUUUCUCCUCUACUGCUUUCUACAUGUGAUUAUUUAGACACUUUAUCGUGGAGUAAAAUAUUAUUUUGCUACAUGUUGCUCUCUCAACAAUCCCAUCUCGCCAUGCAUCGACAGCAUUGUUACCUGUGUGAUCUACCUCGGGCACCAUGGGCUUUGCUGCACGAUUUUUCCGAGCCCGUUUGUCGUGGAUGUGUGAAUUACGAGGGUGCGGAUCGCAUCGAAAGUGUGAUAGAAGGGGCUCGGCAAAUGAAGAGAGCACACAGUUUCCAGGAUACAAAAUCUUACCAGGGACACAAGCCAGGACAGAUACCAUUGAUGCCUCCUCAAUCUGUGAGUGUACCACCCCGACCUUCUGCACUGGAGAGUACAAAUGUAAAUCACGUUGAACCUUCGCCACGGAAUCCACCUGGCUCCGUAACUACACAAAUACAUGGUGAGAGAUUCGUCACUCACGAACCCAGCCGAGCCCGAAGUAUUCAUGAUUUCUCCACAGCCCCAAAGUUUGGAUUUCCAUCCGGUGAAGAUUCCUCUGCGGACGGAAAACUGCUGUGUCGGGGUUCGCUUACACCAGUAUCCGCACCUCACAUGGCACCCAACCUCCUCCACCACCUCAACGCACCACCCGUUUCAAGUUCAGUGUUUACCCCAAGACAUACGGUAGCACCUUCUGCAACAGGGAAGACUGCACCACCAACAACCACACCUGGUAGCGGAACUAAAAGGAGCCUCGCAGAUCGCGAUAGAGAGGAUAAAGAAAGUUCAGCAUCCUCACACUCUGAUACUGAACGCCGUGUAACACCUGUGGUUGACGAUCCCUAUGGACAGAAGCCGAGUACUGUUCGGCAAACCUUGGCCACUCUGUCAACGUGUACACCUUUUGAAGUAAGAUUUAAAAAGGAUCAUUCGUUACGAGGUCGCGUCUUUGCAUUUGAUGCUGUGUAUCGCCCUGGAUUAGACUAUGAAGUCAAAAUAUACAUUGAAUAUCCCAGUGGCUCAGGACAGGUAUACCCAAGUGCAUCAGGCGUUGCCAAACAGAUGUAUCAGGACUGUGUCAAAGAUAUCGGUAAGAGCCUCUCUUCUGGUUAUAAGUAUCUUGAAUAUGAGAAAAAGCAUGGUUCUAAUGACUGGCGACCAUUGAGUGAUUUGCUUCCCGAAUCUGUUCGUUAUUUCAAGGAUAUGGUGAGCGUAGAAAGUUUGCCGCAACCUUACAUUGAUGCCAGUUGUCCAGUUUUACCUAUCAUGACAUCAACCCAUGCCUCACGCUCAUUUACUCACAAGAACAAGAAAUUGAAAUCAUCACCUGAACCUCCAGAAGGUGAUCAAGGGAAGCUAACUGAGGAGCAACAACAGCGACAGCAGUGGAUGCAGACCCAGGCUGAAGCUCUAAAACUAACCAUGUCAGCAGGUGGGUUUAGUGGCUCUCGCCCACCGAGCACUGCUACGUCUCCCAUGAGUAACCCUGCCUCAGCUGGAACACCUCCUGAUGGUAGCUCAUCCCACGGCGGUCCGUCCCCCAUGGCGGCUCUUAUGUCUGUAACUGACAAUUUGGGCACACCAACGUCGCCAACCAACAAGAGUGAUUCUGGAUCAACCUCCAUGCGGCCACCCAGCAACCCAGCGUCAGGAUCCAGUGAGAAGUCACAACGUAGCCCCCACUCUCCAACCACUGCACAGAGAAGAGCUAUGUAUCGCAGUAAAGAGUUGUCACAGGCUACUGUUCCUCAUGGCCAAGAGGCUAGUGUGACCUCGAACACCUCCAAUCUACCUGACUCUUCUAUGCACAUGAUUAACAUCCUCAAAUGUACUCUUUGCCAUGAGCGUCUUGAAGACACACAUUUUGUCCAGUGUCCGUCCGUUAGCAACCACAAAUUCUGUUUCCCCUGCUCAAGGGACAGUAUAAAAAAGCAGGGAUCUGGGUCAGAAGUAUACUGUCCUAGUGGAGCCAAAUGUCCGUUAGCCGGUACCAAUACUCCAUGGGCCUUUAUGCAGGGAGAAAUCCUUACCAUUCUCGGAGAAGAAGUGAAAGUUAAGAAAGAACGAGAUUCGUAGACUUGCAAGAAUAUUCUAAACGUUUUAGAACAGAAUGAGAAUAUGCUUUUUUUUAUUCUUUUGAAUAAUUUUCUUUUAGAAUCUCAUGUUUUGAUUGUAUAUAGUGCAUCAUAUGUUGAAAAUUGGUGAUACCACUUUUAAGCACUUUAAACUGCCAUGACGUCACUGCUGGACAGUAUCACGUGUUUAUGUAUAUUUUCUUGUAAAUGCAGCUGUACAUGUACAUAGCAUAUAUUUUUGUGGUAAUGUCGAUAUAAGCUCUAUUAGUAUUAUCACAAUGGUCAGAGUCUGUUAAAAAAGAAAAAUCUAUCACCUUGCAAAAUAUUUCAAUUCUUUUUCCCCCUCCAUUGUUUAGUUGUUGUUGUUUUUUUGGUUGAUUUGAAUACCGUAGAGACGUGGAAAGACAUCGAAAUCGCAAUUGAUUUUUGUAUCGUCAAACAGAGCACAUGUAAAAAGCAAACGAUUUUAUUUUUGUUACACAGUUUAUUGACACUUUUCGUUUCGAAAAACAAGUGGUGAAACACAAGUGAUAAACCUUUUUUCUCUCAGCACAAGACUACUUUAAGUAUUUGAAUAAAUGUAUUUCUAUUAUGACUCUGUGUGUAGGAUAUGAGAUAUAUCGUCUGCUAAUGCGCUUUUAUUUCUUAAUAUUGAAACACUAUCAAUAACACAUCUUUAGAAAUUUGCACCAGUUAUGAGAAAUGGUUAUUGACUUAAUACUUGAUACUGGAGAGAAUCGUGUUACUGCAAUAUCUCAUGUAAAUUUGGCAUUAUUUUAUCUCGCUAGUAUUUUUUUUUUUUUGGGGGGGGGUGCUUUCGUAAUUCGGGAACCUUUUCCCCCUCAUGUAGUAUUGUAAUUUAUCCCUCAUUUACAUUUCUCAACCAUUGAACUACUGUACACUUUCGGCAGUUAUUCUCACGAAACGGUUUCCCACUUGGGAACUCUUAUUCAAUAUUAUGCCAAAUUUAUUUUAUGAUACAAUACAUGAAAAUGGUAUAGAUGUCAAGCUCUCAAAGAAGAUAUUAAUGUGUUUUGAAAAAAAGUUAUGUUAUUGUAAUUGUUUUUUUCAAACACGCAUUCGUAUGAUUGAUGGCUCUGCAAUUAUAAUUUUUCAUAAAAUUAUAUUUGAAUUUUGAAUCAUGAAAAUAAGUAAUCAUUUCAUUUUCAAAGGUUAUAUCUUUAAAAAAAUAAAACCCUCAUUGACUGUAAUGUUUUUGAAAUAUUGCAAAAUAUGUUUGUCUUGAAUAUAUCUGUCCCGUAUUGUGCUUUUUGUCCCCGGGUUAAUGUGCAUUGUUAAUCGAAAAGUCCGUAGAACAUGUCUGACUUUUGUAUUGAAUGUAAACGUACACUCCGUAUAUUAUCAUGUUGAUAAUUAAACAACGAGAAUGGAAAUGAGAA